UUUAAGAACCAUUCAUCCAAUUUACCCAUUAAAAUUCCAGUUUUCCCUCCAAUCAGAGAGACAUUACUCUUUCUGUUGUUCAGACAAUCAUGGACAGCAAGAGACAAGAUUGUCUUCAGAGAAUGAAUGCACUUGCAUUUCACAAAACUUUGAGCCUUCAAUCCAUGAUUUUACAUUAGACUUUCCUUGUCCAAGCUCUCUCAAAAAUGGUCAUACGACCCUUUUCUCUGACCAACAAAUUCCUCAGAAAACACAGAGAGUUCCCAAUUUCGCCUUACAAAACCAAAUGGCACGAAACCUUCAACCAAACCCAAGCACUGCAAACCCUAAAACGACACCAGAAUGAGAAUCCCAAUCGUCUUCUCUCUCUUCUCCUCAAUUCCUUCAAUUCUUACGACUGUAAUCCCACACCCGAAGCCUACCACUUCGUCCUCAAAACCUUAAUCAAGACCUCGCAAUUCGACCACAUCCAUUCGGUUCUCGAUCGAAUCGAAUUCGUCGAGAAAUUCGAAACCCCAGAGUACUUCUUCGCCCAGAUUAUCGGAUUCUACGGUUUCUUGGAUCGAAUCGAAGAUGCUAUUGAUAUUUUCUGGAGAAUUCCCAAGUUCAGGUGUGUUCCUUCUUCGUACUCGCUCAAUUCUUUGUUGUACGUGCUUUGUCGGAGAAAUGAGGGCUUGAGAUUUGUCCCGGAGGUUUUGAUUAAGAGCCGGGAUAUGAAUAUCAGGCUCGAAGAAGCGAGUUUUCGGAUAUUGAUUACUGCUUUGUGUAAAAUUGGAAAAGUGGGUUAUGCUAUCGAGAUUCUUGAUUGUAUGAUUAGUGAUGGGUAUGAUAUAGAUGCGAGGAUUUGUUCUUUGAUAUUGUCAUUUUUGUGUGGUAAAAACAAGGAAUUAGAUUUAGCUGGUUUUGAUGUUUUGGAAUUGUUGCAAAAAAUGGAGAAAAUGGGGUUUUGUCCCCGUAUGGGGGAUUAUUCAAAAGUUAUUAGGAUUUUGGUGAGGGAAAAAAGAGGUUUGGAGGCUUUGGAUAUUUUGGGUCAGAUGAAAGCUGAUGGAAUGAAGCCUGAUGUUGUAUGUUAUACCAUGGUUUUACAUGGGAUUGUUGCCGAAGGUGAAUACAGUAAGGCAGAUGAGAUGUUCGAUGAAAUGCUUGUGUUGGGUUUGGUUCCAGAUGUUUAUACUUACAAUGCAUAUAUAAAUGGCUUGUGCAAGCAAAAUGACGUGGAUGGAGCUCUCGAUACGAUUCUCCGGAUGGAAGAACUGGGGUGCAAGCCUAAUUUGAUUACCUACAAUCUGAUUUUGAGGGCGUUGUGUAAGAAUGGGGAGUUCGGUCGAGCGAAGGAGCUUGUGGCUGAAAUGAGCUUGAAGGGUUUUGAGGACUAUUUGCAAACGUAUAUAAUUAUGCUUGAUGUUCUACUUGGUAAAGGUGAAAUUGUUGAGGCGUGUGGCUUGAUGGAAGAAAUGUUGGAUAAGUUAUUAUGUCGUCGUUGCUCAAUGUAUGAUGAGAUCAUAUUUGGUCUGUGUCGAAGGGGAUUGGAUUGUAAAGCAUCGGAAAUGCUGGGGAAGAUGGUUGGCAAGAAUGUGGCGCCAGGGGCAAGGGCUUGGGACGCAUUGCUACUUAGCUCUGGAUCCGAACUUACUUUACCAGAGGCCAUUUGGUCCAGCCUGGUGAACCCAGUGGAAACUCUCUUAUUGUAAGGUUGAUAGAAUGGAACAUUUCCUUUAUGCAACAAUUUUUUAUUAUAGGACUCAAGGUUCUAAUUGGGAGGCCUGAACAUUGAGGCUUGGUGGGCCGUAAAAGAAUGAGGCUUGAUGGGCUAUAAAAGAAUGCUAAAAUCCAACUUGCAGUUUAAUGGACUUUGAAAUGACUUUGAGAAUGACUAAUUCGGACAACUUGAAGGACGGGUUUCCAACUUUCCACCUUUUCUAACAACCAUGUGAAAAUGAGUAACUUGUCACAUUUUUGUUCACUGCUCAAGCAUGUGCUCUGUUUCGAUCAGCCAAACAAAAAUGGAGACACACAGGAGGAACAAAUCUCCCGUUACCGAUACCGUUGGCAUUUGGGAAUUUUUUCCCUCUUGGAGCUGUCAUUUUAGGAAAUAAGGAAUGGCACUUGGGUAUCAAGGGAUGGUUUGAUGCGGGCUUUCAUGCAGACUCAUUGAUUCACCAUCGCAAAUUGUCGCUAUAAAGGGUAAUCAAGGUUUCUAUCUUUGCCUCAUGAUGAGCUUAAGAAAGCACCACAUUUCUCUUUAAGAAGAACAUGUUGUUACCCACCACUGUGUUGGAUUCCACUAUAGCUACCUCCUUUCUUGAGGUCCAUAUCCUAUUAAAUUGUUAGGUAACAUGAGACAAUUUUUCAUGCUGUAAACCAUACAACCCUAUCCCUGAAAAUUCCCUCGCUCCUUUUACUCUCAUAUAUGGACCCAUCUCUGGUGUUACUUUACUUUAUGUUGUUAAUUUUUUUCCCCAAAAAUCUAUUUGAUUAGAUGAUCUGUAAUGUUGGUCCUUUAAAUACUUUAUGUUUUGCAUGUUACUCAUGUGUGUUGUGUUAUGAAAAAUAAAAUAGGUGACGAUGACACACACAGACAGAAGAUUG